GAAGUAUGUUUUUGUUGGCAGCUUUCAUCUUUUUUUUUUUUGUUUUCUAGACAAUGCCAUUUGAAUAAUAUAUUGAAUUCCUUUCACCAAACCGUGAAAGAUGGAUCUAUCUUCUCUUUGGUUUUGACCCAUCUUUCACGGUUCGUUUCCUUUUACACCCAUUUUUCUGGACCAAAAGGAAAAUAUACUGAAUUGAUCUGCUAAUAUUUACUGUUCCUUUCUUCGUUGGGUUGUAUAGUUUUUGGUUUGAUAUGCUCAUGUUCAUAUGGUGACAAAUUUCCAAACCAGAUCAAGAUUUGUGUCUCUGUAUAUUGCAUUUUUCUUAUACUUGCUUUGGUGGUGUUCAUGACAAAGAUUAACCGACGUCAACUGAAACUUAUCUGCUUUUAUCUCUACUUUCAUAGCAUGUUUGUGAAUAUUUUUAUGGGUUUUUGCUUAUUCAUCUACAGAUUUCUUUGCGUCUCACGAUGGGUUUUGGUGAAUUUAAAUAUAUUAUAGAACUAUCUUAUAUUAUAUCACCAAAAUUUAAGCGUGACAUGAAUUAUGUUAAUUCGCUUGUUUGUUUUGUAAUACACUCUGUAAUUACCUAUUGUUAAUCGAGAAGCUGAUAGAUAAUAUGUUUUUAUUGUUUUUUUUUCUGAUACUUUGGCAUGAUGCAGUGUGUGUGCUUUCACUGUUUUGUUGCAGAUCCAAUAUGAGACCACUGGACCUGAGAUAUGGUCAUGUGGAAAGGUUCUUUUGGAUAAUUGAUGGUUUUGUUUCUGGUAGAAUCCAUUGACAUGGCAAGGCUUCUUGCUCGGGAUUCGAGAAGAAGGUUUAUCAGUGAGUUCUUCACAUUUCAAAAGGAAAGAUAUAUACCAUGCUCUCCGCUAUGCUAACAAUGUCUUGGUCCAGUCCACUGAAUGUCAUCCUAACCACUAAUAGUUAUCACAUUUGUCUCUUCCUAACAACUAAAAGCAAUAUAUACUGUUAGGUGGGAAUCUCAUCUGGACUAGCAGCUGCCACAGCAAUCAAUUUGCAAAGAAGCCAGAAAAUACAGGGAAGAUUAUAGGGAUAAGUUUAUUCCAAGGUUAAAACCUGAACAUAAACGACAAUCAGUGAACUCAUGGAAGUUUAGUUCAUGAACAACGAUGUAACAGCUGAAUGUCUUUCCCGAGUUUUGGUGAAAGAUAUCUAUCCAUUGUACUGUUUGAUUCGACAAGAAAAGAGGCAGAUACUAUGACCUUUGAGGCCUGAUCUGCUCCUUUUUCUUCAUGGGAUACAAAUAAAUUAUCUAUUUUCAACAAUUCUUCUUUUGAUGGCAUUGGAGACACAAUUAAAUGAUUUUUCUUCAACAUCCCUCUUCAGACUCCUGUCGAUGCCAACACUGACAGGAAGAUCAUAUAAGCAAACCUUUAUAAACAGCCAGAAGCUCACAUUAUUCAAGAAAGCAUGUCUAAUAAGCUUGUGUCCAAUCUACCAUCUGAUAACAUAUCCAUAACCAUCUUCAUGGUAGAAGUAUCUACAGCAAACUCACACCUCUUCAUUUCUACAAUGAGAAUAUAAUAUCUGAUAUUAACAUUUAACAUGUAUAUGACCAAUAGGAAAAUAUAAACAUUUAAAUGUAUUUUUCUUAUUUAAAUAAAUGAUAUUAGUUUUACGAUAGUUAAAAAAAACAAAAUCAUUGUAAAUCGUGAAUACUUUUUAAAAUAUUUCAAAAUCACAAUUUAAUUUAUGAUAUAUAAAUAAUUAGUAACUGAUUUGAAAAUUAAUGUUUGUUGUUUUUUAUUUUAUUAUAAAGUACAUUGAAAUUUUAUUCUUUUAUUUCUUAGAAAAAAAUAGAACAAAAAAAGGAGUUACUUUAAGAAAACAAGACCAAGAAAUGAUCCAUAGACAUGUUCUUGGGUGCUACACUAAAUCAGUUUAUUAUCUCUGGUUGAAAAUCGAUCGAGGUCGAAAUCUUUGUAAUCAUAUAAUGGUUAAUGAAAAUUGAUAUUUGAAUCAGUCUAAAAAAAAAUUGAUAUUUGAACCAAAAAAAGAAAGACCGGACACACAAACGCAACUAGAAUGAGUUGCCAGUUACCACUGGCGAGAAGUCCAAAGACUCCUGAAGACCCCACAAAAUUUAUAAAAAAAAAUCAAACUGGUGUUAAAGGAGAGUCUGAACGGUAGGUGUAGGUCCAUUCCUAAACAUCGAACGGUGGAGAUUCAUCUAGUUCUCUCAUCUCAAUUUGCAUAAUAUAAGUACAAAAAAUCCCUAAAAAAUGGCGCAAACAAAAAACCUACUCAGCCUCUCUCUCUCUCUCUCUCUCUCUCUCAGGUACUCUACUCAUUCUUCCUUUCCCUCUCUCUCUCAGCUCUCUGCAAUCCGUAGCUUCUUCAAAAGAUUCGACAAUCUCGUGAAUCCAAUGGACCAAGAAGGAGAUCCAUGUGAAGCAAAAAAGAAGGCUUCUUUAGAGCCUAAAGCUCCAACCGCUGAUGACCCAGAUUUGGUCUCUCCAUCUGGUUCAGACCCUUGUCUGUCUGAAGAGGAACUGAUAACAACCACAGAGAGAGAGUCCAGAGGAACCAUCACUUUGUCUGAUGAAGAAAUCAUCGAGUCUAUCUAUCAGAGUCUCUUGCAAAUCAUUCUCUCGGUGCGACUGCAACAGGGCAGCGCUGAGGCUUGGUGUUUAGAUGAUUGCAAGACGCCUCUUUCGCGGGUUGCCAAAAUGGUUCCGGAUACUUGUCCCGGAGCUCCGGUGCAGCUCGCUAAGAAAUGGAGGAACAAUGGCUCUGGACGGGGCAGGAAGCUCCUCUUCUGAAUCUGACAUCAAUUUGAAUCUGACUGAUGAAUUGUUGUUGUUGUUGUUAGGUAUAAACUAAAAGAGAGCUUUUAGGGGUUUGUAGUAACUCUUGCUUUGACUUAUGUUUGUACAGUCUUUUAUGAGAGGACUUGCUAGCUAACUGAGCUUGUGGUUGGAGACAAUUCAGUUUCUGAUUUAUAAAGAAUAAACUUAAGUCUUGUCUUCU